ACGUCGGGAGCAUUUGGGCGAAUGUUUGGUAUCUCGCCAAAGUCGCCACCACACAAUCAAUCAGUUCAGCUCAGCAGAGAGCAAAAGAAAGAGAAAAAGAGUGAACUUGAAGCUUAAUUUAAUGGCAACUGACUUCAAAUCAAUUCCCAUCAUAGGUUGACCUAUUAUUCGGUGCAAUUAGAGCUUAGCGGGAUCGUAAAAACUAAGGAACAAGUACCAUAACUGAUCAGAACCGGAUCUCAAUUUUUGGAACCGGUCACAGAUUGAUCAAAUCGGCUCAAAAAAUUGUGAAACCGAUAUCAGAACCCGUGGGAACGGUUCCGGACUGGAUAUUAGUCCUCUAGUUGCAAAAUCUGAUGAUGCAAAUAUGGCCGAGGAUGUUGGUGUAUGCGAAGUUGUGACACAACUCGAUAAAGCUUGUAGAGAGGCUGGCUUUUUCUAUGUGAAAGGCCAUGGCAUUCCGGACUCCCUUUUAAGGGAAGUUAGAGAUGUCACACACAAGUUCUUUGACCUGCCUCUUGAAGAAAAACUCAAGAUCAAGUUGUCAGCAGCAACGGGAUAUAGAGGCUAUCAAGAAGUUGGAGACAAUGUAACCAAGGGUGAACCUGAUGUGCAUGAAGCUAUUGAUUGCUACAGAGAAUUGAAACUCGGAAUGUAUGGAGAUAUGGGGAAACCAUUAGUAGGACCUAACUUAUGGCCGUCUAAUCCUCAGAACUUUAAAGUAGUGAUGGAGCAAUAUAUUGAUCUUUGCGCAGAACUUUCUAGGAAUAUUAUGCAAGGUAUUGCCUUAGCCUUGGGUGGGAAGUUCAAUGAGUUGGAAGGUCAUAUAGCUGGUGAUCCAUUUUGGGUCAUGCGUUUGAUCGGCUAUCCUGUGAUCUCAAAGGAAAAUGGGCAUGACGAACAUGGAGCUGACAUUGGAUGUGGAGCCCACACGGAUUAUGGUCUUUUGACGCUCGUAAAUCAAGAUGAGAACAUAACAGCUCUGCAGGUUCGGAACCAUUCAGGAGAAUGGAUAUGGGCUCCUCCAAUUCCUGGGACAUUUGUAUGCAACAUUGGCGAUAUGUUGAAGAUUUUAUCCAAUGGACUUUAUGAGUCCACCUUACAUCAGGUCAUUAACAAGUCUCCCAAAUAUCGUGUUUGUGUUGCAUACUUCUAUGAGCCAAAUUAUGAUGCAACAAUCGAGCCCUUGGACAUCUGUGUGCAGAGGACGGGGGGAAUCAAAAUUCUUGGUCAAGCUGUUUAUGGGGAACAUUUAGUUGGUAAAGUAACGACUAAUUUUCGGUAUUAAAAUUUUAAAAUAAAAUUCUGUGUACGAAUUAUAGUUUGUUGUUCAGAUGUAUGAAAGAUUCAAUUAAUCAAUUGCAAGUGACAGGGCAACUGUAAUAAUAGCCCUUGCUUAAAAAUAUCAGACCAACUAGGGACCUUUCUAUGGUGGUCAUCACCAUACUGAUGGUGUUUGUGUUUGACGCAGAAACUGUAGCACACUUGUUUUUUGAGUGUUCUUUUUCUGCUAGUAUUUGGAGCAAGCUUCUUUCUAUUA